AUGUCCUCCGUUUACGCGUCUGCUCCUUGCCCCCAGGGACUCGAUUUUGCUGCCCCGGAGACACCCACACCACCCACAAUACCCGCAAUAACCACAACAACCAUAACACCCACAACACUAACACCUCCCACCUCCCACUCUACUAUCACCACCACCGUCCCCAACCAACCCCCAGGCGGUACACCAAGAAGGGCUGUCGGCCUACCGACCGACCGCCAAAUCCCCCUGCUGCCAGGGCGACCCGUUCAUGAGGCUGGUAAGCCGAAGCAGGGCAGGCAGACCUGCAGACGGGCAGACGAGAAGGCGACCGGAGCUGCUGCCCCCAGCGAGGCGAGAACGGGAAGAGCAAAGUGA